CACCGGGAAGCGCGGCGGUGGCAGCGGGGCUGAUCCCGGCACAGCGGGCGAUGGCGGCACCCCGCAGUAAGAAACCGAGAUGCUCCAUAAGGAAAGGACCCGUGCCCAGGACAAAUGAUGGAGCACAGCGGAUGAGGGAUCCCCGCUGAAGGACCCGACAUGCGGUAGGAGCCAGCGCUUCCCACCGGAGCCAGCCUGGGGGGUUCCGCGCAGCCCGGGGCGCGGCGGCAGGACCGGGACAUGCCCCGCGGCGGCUGCCUCCUCCUCGGACUCCUCCUCGCCCUCAGCGUGGCCGGGCUGGCCCGGGCAGGCCGCAGGGUCUGCGCCACGGGGCCACGGAGCCGUGCCGUUGCCUCCACCGAGUCCCACGUGCAGCCCGUGUACCAGCCCUACCUCACCACCUGCCAGGGCCACCUCUGCAGCACGUACAGGACCAUCUACAGGGUUGCCUACCGGCAGGUGUACAGGCAGCUGCCCCAGCCCGUGGCCUCGUGCUGUCCCGGCUGGAGCAGAGCUGAUGGACACGCACUCGGCUGCAAUAGAGCUCUGUGCUCGGGGCCGUGCCAGCACGGCGGCACCUGCGCCCUCCCCGACAGAUGCAUCUGCCCCCCCGGCUGGACGGGACGAGCCUGCCAGACAGACGUGGAUGAAUGCGCCGGGCAGAGCCAUGGGUGCAGCCAACUCUGCCUCAACACAGCUGGGAGCUUCCAGUGCGCCUGCCGGGACGGCUUCAGCCUCACUGCUGACCGCAAGAGCUGCCAGCCCCUGGUGCCAGCGCCGGAGCCAGGAGCCUUCAGCCACGCAGGUCCCCCCAGUGAAGUGAAGGAAGAACUGAAAGAGCUGAGGAGCAGAGUGGAAGCACUGGAGCAGAAGCUGCAGUUGGUGCUGGCCCCCUUCCACAACCUCAUGCCUUCCGUGCCCGAGGACGUCGGCGCAGACCCCAUCAGCCGCUUGUCCCACUCCCUGCAGCAGCUGGACAGGAUCGAGUCCCUGAGCGAGCAGAUCUCCUUCCUUGAGGAGCGCCUGGAGACGUGUUCCUGCAAGAAUGAACUCUAGCGAGCACCGAGGAACUGGAGCGAGCUGAGCGCAGCCACAGCUCUGACCUCGCUGUCCAGCCCCAGGCUGGGGACGAAGCCACAUCACCUGCGGGAAAGCACGGGGUGGCAGGAGAGGGCUGGUGUCCCAGCAGCAUCUCCAUUCUCUCUCCCAGCUCACCUCAGCAGAGGUCAUGCAGUUACUUCCAGACUGGACUCUGCACCCUCAGCAUCUCACCCCUUCCUGUGCAAGAGCGGAAAAUAAACCCCUUUCCGUGUGCC